AUGCGUGGUCCCCGCCGCCGCCGCUGCGCCAUCGGGCUGCCUCCGGGUGGCGUCGCCAGACCUCGCCCCGCUCGCCCCGGUCGCCCGCUGGCGCGCCGUGUCCCAGGCUUCAAAACGCGCUCAGAGCAGAGCAGAUCUUCAGCACGUCACAGCAAUGAGGAACAUUAUGCAGAAGACAAGGAACGCAGUCGCUCUCCACGGCCUCGCUGCCACCGUUGCGCCGAUGGUCCUGGUUGCUAAGUUUCUUGGAGUGGCACCGUUCGCGUACGACUCCUCUUUGGCUCGCGAUGGAAGGACAAGACAUCGCUUAGUCGUGUCGAACAUUGCAAGGGUUUACUGUUUGGUUCUCUUCGCGAUAUAUUUAAUGGGGUUGGCGACAUUAUUCUUCGACAACACGUACGUAACAUACAACUCUUGUAGCACGGUAAUGUCUCUAGUAAGUUUAGCUACAUGGUUAGGCCAUUUGUUUCAAGGAGUUUUAACUAUAUUUGUCGUUAAUAUUAUUUACCCGAAAAGUAUGGUAAGUGUGAUUGGAACUCUUGAUAAAGUACAUAGAUCGCUUGUGAAAAGUGACAGCAAUUUGCCCAUCAUUGUGAACGUCGUUUGUUUCCUAAAAGUUGCAGAACUUGUGCUUGAGCUCUCUCUCUUUCGAUUUAUUUAAUUUGUUACUUGCACGUUACCGGCAUCGCUGGAAAGUUAGCUUGCUUCGUUGAGCUUGUAGCUUACAUCUCAUCCUGUAUGUGCAUUAGCAUUUGUACACAUCUCACGUUUUUACACUACGUAUAUUUCUCGUUAAUAAACUGCUUACCAGUAAUGCAAGGCAUUAUCCACUGUGGAGAACGCUCAUUCCACAAAAAUCACGGAGAAACACACAACGGCUUAGAAAUGUGGGCAAAGAGACUCAACCCCAAUUCACGACAAACAGAAAUCCCCGAUUCAAGCCUUGCUAGUCUUCGCGACGCUCGUCAACUCCAUUUCAACUUGUGCUGGUCCUUGGACCAAACGCAAUCCAUAUUUUCUCUGCUGCUCACGUACGACCUGCUGGUGGUGAUUAUAUUCCUGUGCUUGUUGUGCCUGGUCAUCAUGGAAGACGCGCCCGUCGCCGCGUCGCAAGCCUCCAGUAGCCUGUUCAGCCGCUGCGUGGCGCUGGUGUGGGUGGCGUUCGACGUGGCGAAGCUGAUCGCGCUGGCGGUGGCCGGGGAGCUGGCGUCGAGGGAGGGCCGGCGCGCGGCCGGGCUGGUGCAGAGG